CUGGCGUUUUGCAGGCAGUGCCAGCCAGCAAAAAGAGGUCUUGAAUUGGAGUAGUGGGAGUGCACCAGAUUUCAGCAGUCCCUCCAAAGAGCCCAAAUUCCUCGGUACUUCUGCCUUGUUAGCGUCGGGAGACCUCAGCGUUGGAAAAGCAGCCUGCCUAGGAAUCAAUCAGGUCAAGAAAUUUCACAAGUGUGGACAGGGAAUUUAGGCACCCCCUGCCCUCCAAGCUACCACCGCCAUGGUGCCCUGGGAAGAGCCAGAACGGCUGGUAUGGCGCCCAGAAGCAGUGCCUGCAGUGCCUGUGGGGCUGGAAAUAAAGAUGGGUGCCCUGGUAGUGCUGCUGGUGCUCACCUUGUUUUGCAGCCUGGUGCCCAUCUGUGUGCUUCGACGUCCCAGUGCCAACUUUGAGGCCUCAGCCUCUAGAAAGAAAAUCCUGAGCCUGGUGAGCUGCUUUGCAGGUGGUGUUUUUCUGGCCACCUGUCUUUUGGACUUGCUUCCAGACUACCUGGCUGCAAUAGAUGAGGCCUUGAGUGCCCUACGAAUCACACUUCAGUUCCCACUACAGGAGUUCAUUCUCGCCAUGGGUUUUUUCCUGGUUCUGGUGAUGGAGCAGAUUGUGCUAGCCUACAAAGAGCAGUCGGGACCCCUUCCAAGAGAGGAGACUCGAGCACUCCUGGGCACUGUGGGCAAUGCCCCUCCCCACUGGCAUGAUGGACCCGGGGCCGAAGGAACUUCUACUCCUUCAGCUUUACGGGCCUGUGUCCUGGUCUUUUCACUUUCCUUACACUCAGUAUUUGAAGGCCUUGCGGUAGGCCUGCAGCGAGAGCGAGCCCGGGCAAUGGAGCUGUGUCUGGCACUGCUCUUGCACAAGGGGGUCCUAGCUGUCAGUCUGUCCCUACGGCUACUGCAGAGCCGGCUUCGGGGUGGAGUGGUGGCUAUUUGUGGGGUCCUUUUCUCCUGCAUGACACCAAUGGGUAUUGGGCUGGGGGCUGCACUAGCAGAGUCAGCAGGACCUCUGCACCAGCUGGCCCAAUCAGUGCUAGAAGGCAUGGCAGCAGGUACCUUCCUCUAUAUCACUUUCUUGGAGAUCUUGCCUCAAGAACUGGCUGCUUCUGAGCAGAGGAUCCUCAAGGUCAUCCUACUUCUAGCUGGUUUUGCCCUGCUCACUGGUCUGCUUUUUAUUCGUGUUUGAAUGACCUCUGAGGGAUGGGGGGUGGGUCAGAUGCUCCUGGAGCUUCUUUAGAAAAGAGUAAAUGGGAGCUUUGGGAGUGCAUAUGAUGGGGAUUGGGGAGGUGCAGUGGAUUGGUGGGUGUUGUAGACAGGACCCUAGAGAACGACCAGUAAAAUAUGAGACAAAGAACAAAGAUAAAGAUAAAACUCCCCCGGAAUGUGGUGGGAAGUGUAGAGGGGAGGAAAAAAAAAAAACUAGAAAAACACUAGACAAGCCAAACAAGGACAUGUGAACAGAUGAUAAACUUACAAGGAUUGAAACACUAAGGAUAGAGCCAUCAGAGAGUGAGGAGUUGGAAAGAAGUCUAGAGCCCCUUGGGUACUGAUUCUCUCCCAUUCCUGUACUCUCCUGGAGAAGAUGCCUUUUUCUUCUCCUGGGCCCAUCCCCUUUUCAGUAUUGCUUUUUUUUUUCCCCUUAAAGGGCACGAUGCCUAACUACAUCUAUAGGCCAAGUUCCUUGCCCUCAGCUGAACUUCCAUUCCUUCUAUAAAGUGCCAAAACCUCCCACCCCUCCUUUCACAAAGCACAUUGGUAUCGGGCCUUGGCAGGCAACUAAAUAGGCACUGUGCUGCCUGCUGCUGAUUUCCAGUGACCUUUCACCCUGCCUGGGGCUGGGGGUAUCUAACCUGGUGAUCUUGCCCAGGUGCCAAAGGCUGAACUGCCUAAACUCUUUUUUAUACCAGAGAAGCCCUGGAAGCCUGCCUCCCAGGGGUAUUUUUGGAGGAGGGUGGAUGGGAGGGAAGGGGAGGAGGGCGGGAUGGGGACCGGGAGGGAGAGGGAUAUGUUCUGUAUAAUCUAUUUUACUAAACUGACGCUUCCGGGAUCAGCUUCCCGAAUAAAAAGAUGUUCCUAUA